AUGUCAAAUUCGGCACGAGUGUUCUCUAUUCCAUUUAACUCGAAGAACAAGUGGAUGCUCACACUGGUUCACGAAGACACAGUGAAGAAGAGCAGCCGGUUCCGUAUAUUUGUCAAGGGUGCACCUGAUGUUCUCUUGCCCGCCUGUGCUAGCUUCUGGUCGGGGAAAACGCAGUCCAUCGAGGCUCUUGACGCCAAUGCCAAGAUGUUGUUCAAGGAUAUUCAGGACAAACUGUCACGCAAUGCCGAGAGAGUUGUCGUCAUCUGCGAGAAAACACUGGAAACUGUUCAUUCUCCUGGAACCAAUGACUUUAGCGACGAGGUUGCAAUGAAGGCUUUGGAGAAUCUCACCGUCGUGGGUAUUAUAGGCAUUCUUGACCCUCCCCGACCGGAGGCUGCCCGGACUGUCGCCAACUGUCGGCGUGCUGGUGCGAGAUUCUUCAUGGUUACUGGUGAUUACGGCGUCACUGCCGCCGCCAUAGCUCACAAAAUUGGCAUUUUUACAAUAUCGGAGCCCGACACUUUCGACACCAUCAGGAGAGGCAUGACACCCACAGCUGAAGAGCUUCGACGUGAGCGCCUUGUCGGCAACGGUCGCAGUCUUCUUCUCGAGGGAACAUCUAUCGCUCGGCUCCUGGCUCAAGACAGGGACGUUGUGUGCGAGUACGAAGAGAUGGUGUUCUCAUGCACGACUCCUGAACAGAAGUUACGCAUCGUGAAUGAGUUGCGCGACCGCGACAACGUGGUUGCGAUGACUGGACACGGUGUCAAUGAUGCUCCAGCGCUUCGAGCCGCUGACGUUGGAGUAUCUGUCGUCACAGGCAGCGACGUCGCGAUCGAGGCAGCAGAUCUUGUCCUUAUGGACCAAUUUGACUCUAUCGUCGAAGCCGUUGGUCUCGGACGUUUUGUCUUUCAGAACCUGCAAAACGUCAUUGCUUAUCUCCUCCCUGCGGGGAGCUGGUCCGAGAUUUGGCCAGUCCUUGUCAAUGUCUUCUUUGGUGUUCCUCUACCAUUUAGCGUCCUUCUCAUGAUCGUUAUCUGUGUUUUUACCGACUUCCUCAAAAUCUACGCGCCAGCAUGUCUAUCCACCGGGUUCAUGGAGACAGUCUGCGCGCAUUCGAUGUUCUUUUUCUACAUGUGGAAAUACGCUGGCUUCCCGAUCCAUGAGCUUUUCUUCUUAUUUGAGGGCUAUGCCGAGGGUUACCAUGGAUACACGCUCGAUGAGCUCACCGACUUCAACGCAACCGGUCAAUGCGUCUACUUCGUCACGUUGGUGUUCCUUCAGUGGGGCAACAUCCUCGCGGUUCACAAUCGCAGACUCAGUAUUGCUCUGGUAGACCCGAUCACUAAGAAGAGACGAAACCCAUGGCUUAUCGCGAGCGCCAUCACUAGUCUCGCUAUUGCAGUCUUCGUCACCGAAGUUCCUGGGAUCCAGAAGCUUUUCGGUACAGCGUCAGUUCCAAUUGAGUUCUGGCUUCUUCCCAUAUCUUUGGCGCUGGGCAUCUUGUUCGCAGAUGAGAUUUGA